UUUUAUUUUUCAAUGCUCGAAAAGUCAACAUUUCAAGGCGUUCCAAAAUUAGCAGGGACUAAUGAAUGGACAACUUCGAGAUAUUCAAUUCGUGAACUUCUUUCUGGUAGAAGCUUUGCUCAUUUUGUUUUGUGUUUUUAUAACAACUCAGAAAAACUUCCAGAUAUUGGAUUGACAACAUUUCCAGUCAAAGAACUUUUUUGGGAAUUAGCUAAAGAAAAUACUUCUCCAGAAGAUUGUGAAUUUAUUUUAAAACAUAAAUGGAAUGACAAAGAUUUUAAAUAUUGGAAUGAACUUGUGCCUGGUUGUGCUUUUCCAAUUGACUUUUUUAUUUUAAUUAGUAAAGAAGAACCAAAUAAAGUUAAGGUUUUUGUUUGUAAAUUUUUAAUUAAUAAAUUUUUUUGGUACUACUGA